AUGUUUACUUUUACACGUUCAGCAAAUGAUUCAAACACCUCGAUAAUGGCUCAAGAAAAUAAAAAUGGUAGCCAAAUUAGUUCUGAUGAUGAAGAUGAAAUAUACUUGGAAUCAAGUACAAUGCGUCGUCGUUAUAAAACAUAUACAGUUAUGCAGAGAUCAGGUUUUCAACAUACAGAAUAUGUUCAAAUAAUGCUUCAUUUAUGUAAAGCUGAAAUAUUUAUAUCAACAUGUUUCUUAGUUCAUGGAAUGACAUGUCCUGGAUUUGAAAGAGAAGCCGCUUAUCAAGGUACAUGUCAUAUGAAUAUUGUAGCAGCAUUAGUUGGAAUAUUUACAGGUGGAAUGGGUUUAGGUGCAGUUCAUAGGUUUCGCUGGAAAACUAUGUUAAUAAUGUGGUUAUUAAUGUGUAUUAUAUCAGCUGUUGGUAAUUUAUUGGCUGUUAUUACAACUGGAGUAUGGUUGGAUCAUUUAAGUAAAAUGAAAGAACGAACAGGAAUUGUUAAUGGUCUUAGUGGGAUGAUGCUUCUAGGAUCAGUUUUAGUUGGCGUUUGUUUUAUAUUAACAGCCGUUAUAAUAUGUCAUUAUUGGGUUUCUAAUUCGACAAAAUAUCAAGCCGUUGGAAGAGUCGCGAAACGUUCAAAAAGUUUAAGAAGGCGACCUAGUCGUCCCAGUAGUGGAUCAGAAAGAAGAUCAAAAGUAGAUAAAUUCCACAAAAAUUAUCAAAUUGUAUAA